GUUGUCUUCUGGGACAGAAAGAGCAUGUCUGGCAGGAGGACAUAUGUGGGGCAGGGCCUGCUGUGGGCCAUCGGGCAGACUGCACGCACGUGGUGGGCGUGGAUGCCCGUGGUCAUCCUUGCCUUUCUCGCUGCCUUUGUCUUUGGCCCUGGCUGGAACUGGAUCUCCUUCCUCAUCGAGUACGAGGGCCACAGGGACUGCACCGUCACUGCCAUCACCACCACAUCGGCAGGCUUUUCCGCCUCUCUCUCUCUCUCGGAUGGCUCUCGUGCCUACAACUUUACCGCUGCUUCAGACUUUGACGCCAACGGCAUCAACUGCCGCGACUUGUCCUCCUCGGGCGGCCUCGCCUCCGACAUCGUGUCCGACAUCGGCGUCGGCGACCGCAUCACCUGCUACCUCAAGCGUGGAAAACCCAUCGCGUCGUAUGAUGGACCAGUCUAUGUCUUUCCAACCCUGCGGCGGAACUGCUUCAUCCACAAGUUCAUGCCCGCCCUUGUCAUCUGCCCCAUCCUCUCGUUCUUCUACCUCUGCGGCGUCCUUGUCACCCUCAAGCCCAAGGUCUCCAAACCCGGCACCUGCCUCAACCGCACUGUCGGCCGGUUCUUCUCACUCUCCAUCACCUACAUUUGGGCCGUUCUCUACAUUGUCGCCAUCAUCAUCUUUGCCUCGCUCUUCUUCUCCAACGUCUUCUUCUCCAUCACCACCCGCGCAGAGUGCACCAUCCACGCCAAGGGCCGCCGCAUCCACUGCCUCCGCUGCUACAACGUGCUCAACAACAAUCGUGAGCCGCGCACGCCCUCGCACUGGUGUUCGCACUCUAUGGUUUGCACCAAGGGCAUAACAGGCCACGCCUCGCUCUACGACGCUUGGGUCGACGUUACCUACACCAUCCCCUCGUCGUCGGCCGUCUUCUCAGUAUCCGCAGACUCGGACAUUGUCGCUUCACCAGAGGGCCGCGGUUCGUCGUCCUCUCCUCGCAUCUCGUCCUAUCUCGCCAACAUCGCCAUCAACUCAACCAUCCCGUGCUUUGUCUCUGUUUAUGGCUCAUCUGGCGAUGUCUGGCUCGAUGGCUACAAUCCUGAGGAGCGCGACCCGUACAUUCUCUCGGUCACCUUUAUGCUUCUCUUCCCCAUCAUCUUCAUCCUCGUUGGAGCCUGCAUUUGUUGCCGGAGACGCCACUGCCCGCGCUUCUGCUACAUCGACACCUGGUCUGAGCCCAUCCGCUUUGACCCCGACUCGGGUUCGUACACCUACGACACUGUUGACACGACUGCCGACGACUACACCUACGGCGCUUCGACUGCCACCUUGACCGACGACGACGAUGACGAUUAAAGCGCCGCAAAGAACAGCAAUGAAA